GUAUAGGGUAAGUCGCUCGAUAUUCCCGCCCUAAUUAGUAAGGCGAUUAGGGGAUCGAAUCCCGUAAGCUCCGACGCGUCAACAGAAUCCCUCUUCCUUCACCCACACCCACAACCACAACGCGGUCCCAACAGUGAAUAAACACAGCAAGACGCGUUGUAACAACAGUCAAACCGACCGGGUCGGGUCGGGUCGGGUCGGAUCGGGUCUUUCAAGUUGGUUUGAAUGGUAAUCAACGCAGGAGAGGAGAGGGAGGGAGAGGGGCCACGCCAAAUAGCAUUCAAGAAAGACGAUCACCAAUUCACCCCGAUUCGAUUCAAUGGCAAACUUUACAGCGCGGGCGGUUGUGAUAGCGUGGGCAAUUUGUGUGGGCGUGGUGGUGGUGAGUGGGCAGAAUGAGGAUCUGGCGAGCGAUUGGCAAGCGCUCUUGAAUUUGAGGAAGGCAGUGGGAGGGCGGCUCAACGGAUACGGGUGGAAUGGGAACAGCAGCAACGUGUGUAAAUGGAAAGGCGUGACAUGCGAUUCAGAGCCCCGGGUGGUUUCGGUGUCUCUGCCGGGCGCUGAACUGUCGGGAAGCAUUCCUGUGGGCAUCCUGGGCAAUCUCACAUCCCUCCGCAAGCUCAGGCUCCGAUUCAAUGCCCUCCGCGGCCCCCUUCCUCCUGACCUCUCUAAUUGCAAGAAUCUCCGGACUCUUUAUUUGCAGGGCAAUCACUUUUCUGGCUCUCUUCCCUGGGAUUUUUCCGUUUGGCGUGGCCUCAGUCGCCUCAAUCUUGCCUCCAAUAACUUAUCCGGGCCUCUCCCCGAUUCCCUGAAAAGCCUCAAACGCCUGGGUUCCCUUCUUCUAGAGAACAAUUCAUUCACCGGUGCCAUUCCGCCUCUCGAUCUUCCCAAACUUGUGUAUUUCAAUGUUUCCUACAAUAAUCUUUCCGGCCCAGUCCCUGAUUCGCUCAGAAAAUUCUACCCUGAUUCAUUUCUUGGAAACCAAAUUUCUUGCGGUUCGUGCACCAAGAAAUCAAAGAAGCAUCGAUGGGCGCUGAUUCUUGGUAUUGUGGUGGGAGUGGUGGUAGUGGUGUGUUCAAUUAUGGCGGUUCUGCUACUCAUUUCGCGUAGAAAGAAGACAGGAAAAGCUGGAAAUGUUCCUGCAAAAAAGGCAGAAAAACAGAGCACAUCGGAAAUCGACAGCUCUUUUACCAAGGAUGAGUACUCAAUUUCUUUACAGGAGCCAGAUAGGAUGAAUAAUAAACUCAUCUUUUUGCCCAGCAGCAAUCGGGCAUUUAGUUUGGAGGAUCUGUUAAGGGCGUCCGCUGAGCUUUUGGGGAGAGGAAUCGUUGGGACCGCUUAUAAGGCUGUUUUGGAAACUGGGAAUGUGGUUGUAGUAAAACGAAUGAGAGAUACUCCCAUUGGACCCCGCAGUUUUGCCCAGAUGAUUAGUGCUCUCGGAAACAUGCAUCAUCCUAAUUUGCUUCCACUCAAGGCUUACUACUACUCCAAGGACGAGAAGCUUCUGGUCUAUGAUUACAUGCCCUCCGGUUCUCUCGCUUCCCUGCUUCACGGUACGAGAGGAGUAAGACGGAGUCCUCUAGAUUGGCGUAGCCGUGUGCAUCUUGCCCUUGGAACAGCCAUGGGCAUUGAGUAUUUACACAAACAAGGAAGCAAGAUCAGUCAUGGGAACAUAAAAUCUUCCAACAUACUCAUAACAGAGAACUCCGAUGCUUGUGUGUGUGAUUUUGGGUUAGCCCAGAUGGUGAGCUCGACUCCCAUUGGCAGUGGCAGUGGCAGCGGCAGCGGUUCAGGUGCAGGGGAGAGAAGAAUUGGAGGAUACAGAGCUCCUGAGGUGAGCGAAAGGGGGAAAGUUUCUCAAGAGGCAGAUGUGUACAGCUUUGGGGUGUUGUUGUUGGAGCUGCUGACAGGGAAAUCGGCAACACAGCAGGAGGGAGUGGACCUUCCUCGAUGGGUUCAGUCAGUGGUGCGGGAGGAGUGGACUGUGGAAGUGUUCGACAUGGAUCUGAUGAGGCUCCAAAACUGGCCCUGCCCUGAUGAAGAUGAAAUGCUUCACCUUCUGCAGCUCGGAAUGUCUUGUGUUGCACACUACCCUGAUCAGAGACCAACCAUGUCUCAGGUUGUCAAAAUGAUUCAAGAUAUCUCUUCUUCCACACCCAAAUCACACCCCCAGACUCCUCAACUUAGAUGAUGUGACUACAUUCCUAAACAUUUGUAUCAAUUCUUUUCUUGUCCUGGGUAUGUGUAAAUUAUAAUUGAUUUGAGAUGACACUUGUUAUUCAAACAUAAUGGAUGAAAGUCAUAGAAUGUACAUCUCCACAAGUAUGAGAAUGCCGUGACUGAUACAGGGCCCCUGAUUUUGAUGUUAUAAUUUAGUCCACCUUCAAUCAA